AAACAGACUACAUGUCACACGGACACCAGUGAGAUCGAUCUCGUCAGCAGCGCAUAAUAUAGAUUCAGCGAGUCGUUAAGAAUUAAAGGAACAGAGAGUCGAAGAAAAUAAAACUUGAUUAAAUUGCCUAAUUAUUUAAAUAAUGAUGCUUGUUAUCAUAUUGCUAUUAUUAAUACUCAUUAUAUUGAUGUAUAAUUAUUAUGUGCACUACACAAAAAACGGGCAACUUAUCAAUCUUAUACCAGGACAAUUGGGUUAUCCAAUUAUUGGAAAUACAUUGCACUUUUUGGGUUCACGAGAGGAACAAUGGAAGAAGAUAGUUACACUUACUAACCAGUAUGUCAUUUUUAAAGUUUGGAUAUUCUUUAUACCCUUUGUAUCCAUCACUGAUCCGGAUGAUGUAGAGAAAAUACUAAGCAACACGAAUCAUGUCGAAAAGAGUAUCGUUUAUGAUAUCGCAAAACCUUGGUUGGGUACUAGUCUUGGCAUUAGUAAAGGCGACAAGUGGCAUUCACGGCGAAAGAUAUUAACUCCUCCAUUUCAUUAUAAUAUAUUGCAGCAGUUUACAGAGAUUUUGAUAGAGCAAAGCAAAAACAUGACAAAGUGUUUGAAAAAUACAGAAGGCACAGUUGUGAAAGAUUUAAUAUCGUUUGUUAGCGAGUAUACGCUAAAUAUAAUAUGUGAAACAGCUAUGGGCACUUCCCUACAAGAUUUAAAUGCGUUCCAGCAACAGUAUCGAAAAGCGGUUCAUCGAAUGACCGAACUUAUGGUUUAUAGAUUUUUUAGGCCAUGGUUGCAUUUUGAUUGGAUAUUCUCGUUGACGUCAAAAGGUAGAGAACAAAAAAAGAUUCUGAAGAUACUACAUAGAUUUACUGAACAUAUUAUUGCUGAAAGAAGACUUUAUCAUGAACGCACUAAUGGUCAAUACUUGAAAGAGUUUGAUAAUUUAUCAGCACAAAGAGAUGACAAUGAAACAAUUGGAACACGAAGAAAGCGGCUUGCAAUGUUGGAUCUUCUAAUAGCGGCAUCUCGUGAAGGUCUUAUGACUGAUAUAGAUAUUAGAGAGGAAGUCGAUGCUUUUGUGUUUGCGGGCUACGAUACUGUAGCAAUAGCUGUAAGCUUUAUUUUGGCACAAUUAGCUGAGCAUAAGGACAUUCAGGAUCGUGCUAGGAACGAAGUCGAUUCUGCUAUACAAGGGAAUGAGGAGCAAUUUACUUUCAAAUUGUUGCAACAAUUACCAUAUUUAGAAAGAUGUAUAAAGGAAGCGUUGCGUUUAUAUUCCAGUGCACCGUUAAUAUCACGUAUUUGUGGAGAAGACGUAAAAUUACAAUCAUAUUUAGUACCUGCUGGAACAACAAUAAAUAUGAUUAUUUAUGCAAUCCACAGAAAUUCCAAUUUCUGGCCAAAUCCAGAAGUAUUUAAUCCAGAUAGAUUUUUACCCGAAAAAAUCCGAAAUCGUCACCCUUAUUCGUAUAUAUCAUUCAGUGCUGGACCACGUAACUGCAUCGGCCAACGAUUUGCUAUGCUGGAAAUGAAGGCAAUGAUAGCUUCUGUGAUACACAAUUUUUACUUGGAGCCCAUUGAUUAUUUAAAAGAUGUUCGGCUACAAGCUGAUAUCACACUUUGCCCUACUCAACCACUUCGUAUAAGAUUUAUCCCUAUUCACAAAAUUAAUGUACGUAUUUGAAUCAAAUAUCGAUUUAAUAUAUGUUAUAGAAAGCAAACGUCGGAGAAGUAGUAAAAUAUGGUGUAUGUUAUAGACAAGAUUGAGUAGUAACUCGUUACUCUUAUAACAAAGUUAUGGUUAGUAAUAGUAUUACUUUUUUUAAGAAUUGU